CCCCAACGUUAAGCUUGGCUUCAACCUACUUCACCCUCUCAAACUUCAUAUUUCCUCAUCACUCAAGUACCUAUGGAGUACCAUAGGGCUGAUCAGCAAUACUGGAUAUGCAAUCCGCCUCGGCCACGCAUUAUCCUCCCAACUGAUUGUGCAUUCAUCGAAUGCUCUCAGCAUAUCGUUGCCACGUUCUAAGUCAGCAAACCACCAAAGACAGACUUCCGACUGAACCACAAGGGGGCAUCUCCAAUCGGCUGACACUGCGAAACUACGCCACGAAUGCUGUACCGGUACUGGAUAUCGCGAUAUCGCAUUCGAACCCAGGCCUCAUAUGUUGUUACUUUUGUCUCCAAACCCAUCCGCGGAAUUGGAACUCUUCGCAGUGUGCGCAAGGUGAUGUAUGUACAAGUACGUAGCGAACAUCACGAUUCCCAGAUGCCGUCUCCUCUGGUUGCAUUAACCCGGCCCAUCUUCAAACCCGGCAAGGCUGCUGUCAGUGCUGUCGGGUCCUUGGCCUUCUUCCUUUUCCUAGGAGCCGCCACAACCAAGACCCCUCAUGUUCGAUCGCCGGUGCCAUACGCACGGCAUGAAUGAUUCGACUUUGAUCGCUUAGACCCCGAACGUCGAU